CUGUGAGAGCAGAGGACUGUAGUGAGCACACGGUGAGAGCAGACAGAGUGGGAACCGGAGAAAAUAAAGACUUGAAACGUCCACCACCAUCAAUCAGAGAUGACGUCACUGGGUAAGAACCUGGCUGUCCUUCUCCUUUUUCUGAGUGCCUCGCCUUUCCUUCACUCCCACCUCUCCUCCCAUGCUGCCUCUUCUCCCCCUCCGGCCACUCGUCCACGGAUCAUAUUCAUGAAUGACUUAAGCUCAGAUGAUAUCUUUGAAGAUGAUUACCUUGACAAUGACAACAACAGCUCUCUUCCUGAAGUGGUGCACACUAUGAAGACUACCAAACUCCAACUACACACGCAGCUCUGCCAGCACAGCCCCUGCUUGGAGAAUCAGGAACCCUGCAAACUCAUUUCAAAGAGGACUGGGUGCCUCUGUCCUGGGUUCAGCGCAGCCAAUGAGCUGCCUCAUGCACCACGCAUCCAUAUGCUGCAGCCAAUCAGUAAAGGGGAUAAUAGAGGGAAGAUAGAGGUCCAGUGGUGUGCUCCAUCUUCUGUGGUGUCUGUGUACAAAGUGUUGAUAGAGGGAAGUGAAACCCUGGAGUUUCAGGAAGUUUCGAGACGAGGUUUGAUCGGAUUUUUGGAAGCUGGCACGAAGGUGUGUGUGGAGGCCGUGAACAGUGCAGGACAUAGCGUCCCCUCAGAUUUCUCCUGUACGCGAUACGAUCCUCCUGAAUUCGCUGACCAUAAACUGUUUGCGGGGGUUAUAGGAGGAGGAGUUGCCCUCCUUCUACUUCUCAUCAUAGCAGCUCUGAUCCUCUGGAAGCAUCAAUUGCGUAAAAAGGCAAAGAGGGACUCUGCUGAUGGACUAGGGAACCCUUCUUACAGCACAGAGGGGACUCUGUGAUCAACACUUCAGCACAGACAAUUCCUCCCAGCCACACUGAACAGGCCCCUGGAGACACGCGGCACAGCAACGGUGAAAUCAAGAUCAAAAGGCAAACUGUGUAGGGUGUUGUUAUGAUUAAUCAGAAUUAAUAAAGUGUUCAUACUCCUGUUUCAAGGAAUAUGUAAACAUAUUGGGAAAAAUAGGAAUUGUGAUAUUAGAAUAGCACUAACAAUUGGUAAGUCUGUUUCAGGUUUAUUUGCUGGCAAAUUAAGCUGUGUAGGUUCAUUGUAGUGUUUUUCUAUACUAUCAUGGUUGAAUUUAUUGUAGAUAUUUUUUUAGUAUAUAUGUACUGACUUUUAUAAGAAAUUAAAACUUAUUUUAAUAAAAACAA